GGGGCAGGGCUGAUCUGCCCCAAGGGCACACAUCCAGGCUACUCGGCUUCCAGGCCAGCAAGAGCUUUUUCUGAGAGCUGUGUGGUCCAGACAGGGAAGGAGGGAGAAUGAGAUGGCAAACCAGACGGCUGUGACAGAAUACGUCUUGCUGGGGCUACACGAGCACCAUAACCUAGAGAUGGUCCUGUUUGUGCUCUGCCUGGGCAUCUACUCCAUGAAUGUGCUGGGGAACUCCCUUCUCAUCGGGCUGAACGUGCUGGACCCCCGCCUGCACAGCCCCAUGUACUUCUUUCUCAGCAACCUCGCCCUCAUGGACAUCUGUGGCACAUCAUCCUUUGUGCCUCUCAUGCUAGUCAACUUCCUGGGAGCCCAAAGGACCAUCUCCUUCCUUGGUUGUGCCCUUCAGAUGUACCUGACCCUGGCACUGGGCUCCACGGAGUGCCUGCUUUUGGCUGUGAUGGCAUAUGACCGUUAUGUGGCUAUCUGCCAGCCACUUAGGUACCCAGAGAUCAUGAGUAGGCAGACGUGCUUGUGGAUGGCAGUGCUGAGCUGGGGGACAGGUUUUGCCAUUUCACUGCUGCAGUCCCUUCUCACCUGGAGCCUACCCUUCUGUAGUCACAAUAUCAUCAACCACUUCUUCUGUGAGGUCUUGGCAGUGCUGAAACUGUCCUGUGGGGACAUCUCUCUCAAUGCAUUGAUAUUAAUCUUGGCCACAGCUGUUCUGACGCUGGCUCCCCUCCUCCUCAUCUGCCUGUCCUACAUUUUCAUCCUUGCAGCCAUCCUUAGAGUGCCCUCUGCUGCAGGCCGGUGCAAAGCCUUUUCCACCUGCUCUGCCCACCUCACAGUGGUGGUGGUUUUCUAUGGGACCAUCUCCUUCAUGUACUUGAAGCCCAAGGCCAAGGACCCCAACCUGGAUAAGAUUAUUGCAUUGUUCUAUGGGGUCGUGACCCCCUCACUGAACCCCAUCAUCUACAGCCUAAGGAACGCAGAGGUGAAAGCUGCUGCUCUAGCCCUGCUAAGGGGAGACCUGCUCUCCAGGAAAUGGUCCCACCUUCCCUGUUGCUCUUCGACUUGGUCAUGCAUGACAGUCUAGGGUCUCAGGAUGAGAAGGCAGCUACCACGUGGAACAUUGCUAGUCACCAUGACAAAGCCUGGCUGGCUCUUCAAGCCUCACUUACACUUCAUCCUCCAAUGCAAGCACAUGCCAUGGCUAACAUCAAGGGGGAGGUGAAGCACACUCACCAGGUGUCUGGAAGGAGCAGGAAGACUGAGAGAUCUGUGAAUAACCUCAUGCCUGCCACACCAUCCUACGAUCAACCCAAGAGCCACUAGAGAUGUACCUUCCUUUUCUCUGACCAUCACAACCCCACACUUUGAAUUUCUCACUAAGUCUGAGAAAAUCCACCUCCUAAGAGCUCCUAAAUGUGUCCCCUCCUUUCAAUGACAUGGCCUCAAGAAGCCUUCACUAUCUCUCUCUCAAAUAUUGCAACAGCUGUGUCACCACACUUUUGUCCUCCAAACUCUCUUCAAAGUCCUUCCUCUGUGCUAGCUAAUGCCCUUUCAAAAACAAAAUAAAACAAAACAACAACAAAACCCACCAAA